CAGUGCAGUGCAGUGUUGUUCCCAGAAAACAUAAAAGAGAAAGGAAAGAGGAACCUACCCACUUUAUUCUUGAUCUACUUCUCAACUACAAAUUCCCCCAAAAAAUAAAAAAAAAUAAAAAAAUUUAUAGUGGAGGAGUUAUUCUUGGCAGAUCUUUAGGAAAGUGACCAAAAUCAUGUAGUUCUGUGUAUGUAUGAGUGUGUGUGUUUGUCAAGUUUGGAUUCACUGGAGCAAAAGGGAAGAACAUCUUCUUCUCUCAAGUCUUAAUCCUGUAGAAGCAUCGCUGAAAGUAUUUUUAUAUAGCAUGUAAGUGUCAUUACUUUCAUGGAUUGAUUCGGGAAAGAUCGAAAAAUUCAGAAGGAAAUUGUUUGAGAUGGAUGGGAAGAGCAGAGUGGGUAUGAGGAAUUGGGAAUUUUUAGAUCACACUGGACACACUAGCUCACUGAUAAAGUCUAAUUCUGGUGUUUCGAUUGCCGACAAUGCCUCGGCGGAUCAACCAACCUUUCUGAAAAUGAACACGUAUCCUGAUAGAAAUACAAUGAUCGAUGAGUCUAACUCUGAAGUAUCUGCAAUGGACUUCUCUUGGAAUCCUCAGAGGAAUUUUCUGUCUCAUAAGAAAAAUUUGACACCGAUACCGUCAACUCAAGUAGGAUCAGAAAUGGUUCGCAUGCCUGAAGCACCGGAGAACACAUUGCACGGUGAUGAACUUGCGAUGAAGCCAGCGAAGGUCAGGAAGCAGCAAGCUUCCGGUAAGAGUGCGAAUCGUAUUGCAUCAAAGGCAUUGAGACCAAAAGAACCGAAGAAGCCGCCUUCUGUGCCUAGAAAGAAGAAAGACAAACCGGUCUCCGUUGGGAAGCGAGAGAAGAAGAAUCAAAAUGAGAUUGUGGAUGGAGCUAUGUUAGAUCUUUCAACCAUACCUGUGCCAGUGUGUUCAUGCACCGGUGUGCCUCGGCAAUGCUACAGAUGGGGAGCUGGUGGCUGGCAAUCAUCAUGCUGUACUACAAAUAUAUCUGAAUAUCCGCUUCCAAUGAGCUCCUCAAGGCCUGGUGCACGCCUUGCUGGUAGAAAAAUGAGCAUCGGUGCAUACGGGAAACUUCUACAAAAACUAGCUGCUGAAGGCCAUGACUUUUCUUUUGCGGUCGAUCUGAAGAUUCACUGGGCGAGGCAUGGCACUAAUAAGUUCGUCACAAUCAGGUAGCAAUGGAGACUUAGCACCACCACAUCUAUAUAAAUGCUCUCCUUGUGUUAGAAAUAAUUCUAAGAUUAUCUGCUGAGCUUCUGUGUUAAUUGAAUGACUAUCUACUUAAGACUAUAUCAUGUAAUGAUGUAAUUGACAGUUAUCUAACCGUUCCAACUUUAUCUUUGCCAUCUAAGUUUAUUAUUCUGCUGCUCA